CGUUGGGUUAUUCUAAUUUUCAACAAUAAUACCUUCUAGAAAUACGUUCAGUGUUUGUGCGUAAGGAGAAGUGUGAAGUCGUAGUGCGAAUACGGUUAGCCUGCGAUCCACAGGAAUAGUGUCUAAGGAGUUGCGAUGGAGGCAAUCAAAACUGAGCUCAUCAUGUCGUCGACUUCCGAGGAAAUUAUUGAACCCUCCUCUGCUAAAAGUCUUCAGAAAUGUAGUGUGUGCCUCAAAAAUGGCCAGUGCUUAAAGCCAUCGGAAAUUAAGACGAAUGGGAAACACAUUACCGACGUAAUCAACCAACAUCUUGGGAUAAAAUUGGCGGAAUUUGAGCUGACCACAAUUUGCCAGCGAUGCUGGAUGCUGCUGGCGGAUUUUGACGAAUUCUACGACAUGGUGAAUGAAGCGCACCGAGUAUUAUUGGAAACAAAUAUUACGAACGUUCAACAGCGACCGUCGCUGCGGGAUCUCGGCGGCGAGGAAAGCGUUUGUGCGAUAGAGUUCGUAGCCAUCAAACAAGAGCCAUUGGAAGCAGACAUUUGGACGUUCAAAGAUAAAUGUGUAGAACUUAACAAAAACAGACUUUCUUCAGGUAUGAAACAGGAGACAAACGAAAGCACCGAACAACAUUAUGCCAAUAGUACAAUACUGGACGAAGAUGCUGCAGUCGAAACAUCAAGCUUGAAAACUGAGUCAACUACAAACCCUGAAAAAGAAAUGUUCGAGGCUCCAGUGUCCAAAAUCGAUGAUAACACAAAGAAAGGCCGCGAUGGGAACGAUAUUCCGACCAAACUGUCGAGCUACCGAAAACAUAAAAUAUUCAAUUCAGGAGGCAAUAUUAAGAAAAGAUUGAAAACCGUGAAACAACAAAGACAAGAGGCUCGUUCUUCUAAACUGAAUGUGGAUCAGGAAAUUCUUAAUUUUUACCAACGUUUAGUUUGCACAAUUUGUGACCCGGCAAAAAUGGUAACCGGAGAACCAUUGAUCGAGUACGCCAACCUGACAGAAUUGAAUAAUCACUUGCGCAAAACGCAUGGCCAAAGAGAAGCAGUCCUCAGAUGCCCGGUAUGUGAGAAAAAGAUAAGAUCUCGUACAAAAAUAAUAGACCAUAAAAAUAUGCACCUAAAUCCGGAUCAGUACCGAUGUGAGGUGUGUGCCGAAGUGCACCAGAACAUCGAGGAACACAUGCAAAACAAGCACUCGGAGCGCACAUUCUGCUGUGACGAGUGUGGUAAAAAGUUUCCAUUCAAAACCAGAUUGAUGGCCCACAUUCGUAAAAUGCACCUUACUAAGGAUGUAAUCUGCGAUCAAUGUGAUAAAGCGUUCACGAAAUAUUCCAUCGAUAACCACAAGCGUAACGUGCAUGGUGGCGUCGGUUUCAUUUGUGAAUAUUGUCCGCGGACGUUUAAAGGUCGUUUUCAGCUGGAUAAUCACAUGGAAGGGCAUGUUGAGAGCAGCAUACCUUCGUCAAAGGUUACCUGCACGGUUUGCGGCCUCGUCGUACGAAACAAGUAUACCCUCGUGACUCACAUGCAACGAAUGCACAUGGAACAGACCCCCGUAUCCUGUCAAUCCUGUGGGAAGGAGUGCAAAAACAAACGCAAUUUGUACGCGCAUAUGCGAGACGUUUGCACUGACCGCAGCUUUCCGUGCACGAUCUGUGAAAAAACGUUCAAGAAAAAGAAGAAGCUUACUGAGCACAUGACGACGCACACGAAUACCCCACUGUAUCAAUGCACGCUGUGUCCGAAAACUUUCCGAUACGACACAGCAUUGUACACGCACCGCAGAGUUAGCCAUUACGAACAGUGGCUAGAAAUUCAACAGAAGCGCAAACAAGGUGUUCAAUUUCGUCUUAAUCGAAUAGCGGAUUAG